AAAAUAUUAGUCCAUUAAUAGAUCUCAGAAGUUGCUCAUAAUUCAAUCUUCACUAGGAUAUAACAAGAACGAAGAGAAGAAAUCCAUCGGAUUCAAUCAAUAUGUAUUAUUCAGUUUUGUUUCAAACCAUUCUACUUAUUCACAUAUCCGUACAGACUGAUAUAAAUUCGAAAUAUCUGAAGAAAGCUGAAGAUGAAUUUGUUGUCAGUAAACGUUAUUUACUGAAUUAUGGUUCAGGGGAGAUCGACUACUACGAUGAAGAAAUAACAAAACUUACAAAUGAAAUAACCAAAGGAAGUUACUAUAAAGAUUGGGAAAUAAACGAAUAUAUCAACUGCAAAAGUAAACGUGAGGCUGCUGAUGCAGCUCUUAUUUCUAUGUCUGCUUUCAUGAAUUAUGCAGAAGUUAUAAAACAUGAAUAUCCGACAAUCCAUCUGGAUUUAACGAAACUGAAUAUAUGUUUUAAUAAGGUGGCUGUACAUUAUAAUAAAAUGAAGUUUGAACACAGUGAAAAAACAUGUCAAAUGCUGACAAGAUACAGUACCUCAGAUUUAGAAGAAAUAAAUGUUUAUAUUAAUAUGAAAUUCUAUGACAUUUAUCUGUUUAACUUCAAUCUAUGUAAUCAUUGAAUUUGAUCGAACUGUAGUUCCAAAAUGACGAUCCG